UUAUACAAAAACGAGGAAAAAAGAAUCGCAGAAUCAGGUUGUAAGAGUCGAACUUCCUGUAACCAUUACCCUCCGACCCGGAAAUACACAUUCAUUCUCGCAUGUGGUGUGCUUGUCUUGAGCACAGGGAUCAAGAUAGCCUUUUUUGGGGCAAAUAAUGAGUGACAACUUCAAGAAGACACCUGUUAUAACCAACCUUUAAGAAUGUCAGACUCAGGGAUUAUGUUGAAUCUGGUUUAUGGAGAUCCUGGUCCUAAAGGCAAAUCAGGGAAAUCCAGAGGAAAUCCCAAACAUGACCGUUUCCUUGUAAGACGACAUUACCUGGAGCACAAGGGUUUGUUAAAAGAGAAACAAAAUAGAAAGCGAAGCAAAACCCCCCCCAGAAUAAAAAAGUCAAACACACAGCUCAAUGGAGGGCGCCAAUCAAAACCAGGUGCUGUUUUAAACCCCCCCACCCAAAAAAAGUCAAACACACAGCUCAAUGGAGGGCGCCAAUCAAAACCAGGUGCUGUUUUAAACCCCCCCACCCAAAAAAAGUCAAACACACAGCUCAAUGGAGGGGGUCAAUCAAAACCAGGUGCUGUUUUAAACCCCCCCACCCAAAAAAAGUCAAACACACAGCUCAAUGGAGGGGGUCGAUCAAAGCCAGGUGCUGUUUUUCCUAAAUUUACCUCUCAUCUGCUGAAUAAGACCAAUGAGCCUUCAGGUUCUGCAAAUACAUUUUCCCAGAAAUCCACAUUUUCAUGUCCAUCCACUGCCAGCACGUCUCAGAGGGACCCGACACACCAAGCGGCACCUCGCACCCUUGGACCUUUAAAAUACGUGGCAUUGGACUGUGAGAUGGUGGGAACAGGACCGAAGGGGGUUUGCAGUGAACUCGCCCGCUGCAGUAUUGUUACCUACGACGGUGAUGUUAUUUAUGACAAAUUUGUCAAACCCAUCAAUCCUGUGACAGAUUACCGCACUCGCUGGAGUGGAGUCAGGAAGAAGGAUUUAUUAAAUGCCACACCCUUCCAUACGGCGCAACAAGAGAUUGUGAAGAUAUUAAAAGGGAAAAUGGUUGUGGGCCAUGCCAUCCAUAAUGACUUCAAGGCCUUAAAAUAUUUCCAUCCUGCUUGCCAAACACGAGACACAUCGAAGAUUCCACUGCUAAACACGAAAGCUGGACUGCCUGAGCAUUAUACUGUGGGUCUGAAGAGGCUCACUAAAGCUAUCUUCGACAAGGACAUACAGACGGGGAAGGAUGGCCACUCAUCAGUAGAAGAUGCCCAAGCCACCAUGGAACUGUACAAAGUAGUGGAAAAGACGUGGGAGCAAAAACUCACAGCUCUCAGCCUUUCAGACAAAGCAAUGGAUCUAGCUCUGACUCAAAAAUAAGAUUCGUUUUUAAAAGGACGAGUCAGCAUUCUUCUUCUACUCUGAAUUCAACACCACCACAUGAAUUACUGCUCCUCCUGUAUUUAACUGUCCAAAUGUACAGGCCCUCAACUGCCAUCCCUGAGAUUACAGUCGAAGCUCUUUUUCCCUCGAACCCACUCAAUCAUCAGUCAGUCUGUGUUUAAGAAUCUGGUCGCACCACUUUGGUGAUGUUUGGGAAGCAGUCGGAUCUUUCUUGCCCACCAGUUUCCCAGCGGUUAAACAAGCUUUUGAUGGUCUGAUUUUCAGCCUUAUAUGGGAUUCUCUUUUGCACAACCAGAAAUGUUAUAACGUGCUGUAGAACACAGUCCAGUACUUGCAUUAUGUGCACUAACCACACUUUUUGCAUCAUUUUUUAUUUUAGUAUUCUCUAAAAUAUGCAAAAGUGAUAUAUGGUAAAGCAUAUAGUAGGUCCACUUAUUUAGAAUUGCUGUAAAACCCUUUAGCGUUUACCUUUAGUCCUAAAGGGUUCACUGGUGACUACUAUAAAGUAUAAAGACCAAAUACUAGAAACUAUAAAGACCAAAGUGUAUUAUAUAAAGGAGGGGUGGUUUUGACAUUAUAGUGCCAAUUUUUGUCUUUUUUCUUGUUAAUCUCUGUACCAUAUCAACAUUUGUUUGAGGCAGCACACUAAAAAUAAACCGGAUUUUAACCCUUUCAUGCAAUAUGACAACCUCAGUCGGGAUGUUUUUCCUAUGUGUUUUUAUUGCGCUUAGGGCAUGAAAAACAAGAUUUGAACCUUUUUUUUAACACAAUUUUUCAAAUAGAUUUUCAGAUGUCUACUUGAGAGGACAGUAUGCGUUUUUCAUUAAACAAUACAGUAAUAACACAGUAAUACUGUGUGAAAUUAACAAACCAAUAAAUAAAAUGAUAAAAAUCAUGUGAAAACUAUAAAAUGCAUAGAAAAAAAAUACAGUACAGCUCCAAUUAUUGCAAAUAAUCUCUGUUCCAUCAGAGAUCUGGUGGAGGUACAAUUCUUCAAUUAUAUGACUCCUUAGAUGUUACUUGAUUUUACGUUUCGUUUUUACCUGCAAGAGUCUCCUGGGAUAGAAGAUGGAUGGACAUCCCAGAGAAACUUGGCAUUUCUGACUGGCCGCUGGCCAUCUUUGUUUGGAGAAAAAAAAAUCCAUAUACAAAGGUUUUCCACUUGGUGGCAGUGUAUAGGAUGAUGCAUUAGUAGUGUCCACUGUCAUCAACACCCAUGCAUGUGCAAGAAAAUGGCUUUUUGAAUAGCUGUCCAUUGAAGUGUCCUAUGCGAUGAAAGGGUUAAUAUGUAAUGAAUCUUUUAGAUUGGUAAACCAUAAUUUUCAGCAGCUGUUACUCCAGUCUUCAGUGUCACAUGUUCUUUCAGAAAUUAUUGUAACAUGAUGAUUUGGUGCUCAAGAAAAAAUUCUCAUCAAUAUCUAAACCGUUAUGCUGCUUAAUAUUUUUGUGGAAACUGUGAUACAUUUUUUCAGGAUUCUUUGAUGAAUAGAAAUUGUUUAAUUACAAUUACAUUAUAAAUAUCUUUACUGUCACUUUUGACCAAUUAAAUGCAUUCUUGCCGAACAUAA